AUGAUCACGUCAUUGCUCCAUGAUGAAUCGAAGAAUACCGACGAGUCAAGUACUGAAACGUCGUCAGGAGAGAUUGUCAAGCCCAAGCAUUCGGAGCUGGUUUCUCAAAUAAUUUCAGAUGAUAUUUUGAAAGUAUUUUUCUCUGACUCCUGUAACAACAACAUCCAACAAGUCUUUUUUUCGUCUGCAAUCAAAAAGAUUAUUCUCACAGAAGGAGAAGGCGAUGUUCUUGCCAAUGAGCGAUCCAAAGUGAGAUAUCGUCACUGUUCUAAACUAUUUUACAAAACUUCUUCAACUCAGAGUGAAUGGAACACACACAUCUUUCUUGACAAUGGCUUAAAACAAGAGCGAGUCCUCCACAACAAGAAGUUGUAUCCUAUUCUUCUGAAAUGUCUCUACACAAUGAAAAUGAAUGAAAAAGCCAUCUUUAUGAUCCCACAAAAAGUUUGUGCAGAAAUUGACAACACCAUCUUUAUUUUUUCUGAAAAGUUGUUGGAAAUUUCACAGAAUCGACAAGCUGCCAAUGACAUGUAUAGACAAGCCAUUCAAAUGAAGAUUCAAAAAGAUGAAAGAUUCAAAACUCAAAUCAAGAAGGCUUUAUACAAGUAUAAGGAUACACUUUUUGCAAUGGAAGAAAUUCGAUUCGAAGGGCCAGACGAAAAGAAGUCCUAUUUCGAAGAAAAACACAAAAUUCAACUCAAUUGGCAAAAGUCAACCUGGAAUUACAGGAAUUUCAAAAAUGCAUGCAAAUAUGUGAACGGAUCAUGUUUAGAAAUGAAAGACACUGAGAAGGGAUUAAUAUAUAUAGAGAAGGCACUUUUCAAUAUCCAGCAACACAAAAUCCAGUCAAAAGGCCAAUCUUCAAAAGAAGAAGAUCUUGAAAAGAAUAUGAAAAUAGUACAGCAACGUUUAGAGCGAUUGAAAAAAGAUCAAUAUCAACAAGAAAUGAAAAAGCAAUCCAAGACGAAAAUGUUUGGAGAUUUAUAUCGAGAUACCAUGGAGGACAAUUUCGAAGAGUAUCACAGUUUUGAUGAAGAGGAAAUAUUGUUUGACAAGGAUUUGCAGAUGGAAAGAACACCCUUAAUCUUCUUCAAUGAUGGUCAAAUUGUUUACACACAAAAAUAG